AUGAUGAUGAUGAUGAUGGGCCGUGUGAUGUGUGUGUUGGCCGUUGUGCUGUGCUGUGCCUGCGGGUAUACCAUGGCGGCUGCUGCUGCUGUUGAUAAUGACAGUCCCAGUGGCCGUGGUGUAUCCCGUGGGGCUGUGGAGGUGUCGUGCGGGGCCGGCGGUGCGCUGCGUGUACGCCCCGCUGCUGAGAGCGAGUGGCUUACAUGCGGUGCGGGCAGCCGUGUGUCUGCAUGUGGGAAGUACGCAGACCUCUGCCGCCAGCGUACCGCAAGAGCAGCAACAAGAACAACAACUACUACUGCUAAUGGACAGCCAAAGGCGGUGAUGGCUUUUAUGGGAAGUUGGCAAUAUGAAUUUGAUCCGGAGAAACGCAUUAACUCUAGUGAUUGGGAAAAAGUGCAACAGAAACAUUGGGAGUUGCGCAAGGGAGAAAAGCUUACCUUUGAAAGGGCAAAAGAACUACUUGACCAAAUAAAAGAAGAAAAGAAGAAGCCAGAUGCGCUAAAAUUGCAUGGAGAAGAAGAGGCAGUAGAAGAAGUCGCGCGAACACAAGAAUUACAAGCUGACACAGAAGGUCACGGUGCAGGGAGUGGGACUCUAGCUGCUACAGGAAAACAGGCAACAGCACUAACACAUAAAGGCGCACAACCAUCUGAAGGUGUUAAUUCCCAUCCAAAAGUACCACAAGUUGACUCGGCAAACUCCACUGAUAACAGUAAUGGCAAUCAUGGUGAUGCUUUGCAGCAAUCUUCUCCAGCAGCUACAGGAACAGAGAAAACAGCACUAAAAACAACUAAUGGCACACAAACACCUGAAGAUAUUGGUUCCAAACAAACCUUACCACAAACUGAGGCUAAAACAUCCCCAGAUAACAGUUCUGUUAAUCCUGGUGGUGCUUUGCAGCAAUCUUAUCCAGCAGCGGAGAGUACUGCACACAAUGAUGGUAAUUCCGGUAACCAAUCUACUGUAACUCCAAGUGCUGCUGCCACCAACUCUAAUACUACCCAGGAACCAUCCUCUGAAGGUUCGACUGCCGCAGAAGGUUUACAGGAGAAUGAGAAUGCUGAUUCAACGGUCAGCAUAAACACUACCACUACCACUACCACCACAACAACAACAACAACACUUCCUCCUGCACCUGUGCCUAACGCAGAGAUCAGCAGCAUUGCUUCCACCUUGCAGAAAAAGGCUAAUGUUGACAGCAGUGUCAGUCCUAUGUGGAUGCGCACUGCAGCACCGCUGCUGAUUAUGGCUGUGUUGUUCUCCGCUACCGUGUACUGA